AAUAUUGAAUAAUAUUUACAAAAACUGAAUUUUGACCAUGAUAAGAGUGAACCAUUCAUCUAGUAGCGAAGAAGAAGAAGAAAUGGCGAGAUUUUCAGUUGGAAGAGAAGAAGAUGAUAAUGAUGAAGGACCCAGUAACCCCACAAGAAGACCUGAACCCAAGAGACGGAGAACUACCGCCGGAACUUUCUCUUGUAGCGCCGUUAUCCGUCAACAAGAAGAAGAAGAAGAAGAAAGAGAAAGGGAAAGGGAAAGGGAAAGAGUUGUUGAGGAAGAAGUAGAGGAGGAUGCAGAGGAGGAGGCAGAGGAGGAGGCAGAGGAUUGGGGAUCAGAAUCGGAAUCUGAGGGAAAUUUCCGAUCGAGCGGUGAUCGGAGAGUGCCGGUUCGUGAAUCGGAGGUUUCAAGAGAGAACAGGUCCAUUUCUGUGGAGGACCCAGACCAGAAUUUGGAGGGUUCAAGAGGAAACGGGUCAAUUUCUGUGAUGUUAUCGGAUCCGGAUGUGUUGGAUUGCCCAAUCUGCCUCGAACAUCUCCGUGUUCCAAUCUUUCAGUGUGAGAAUGGGCACAUAGCAUGUGCCUCCUGCUGCACCAAGAUUGCUAAUAAGUGUCCAUCAUGCUGUUGGCCAAUUGGAUAUAACCGUUGUCGAGCUAUGGAGAAGGUUGUAGAAUCUGUGAAGGUCUCAUGCGUGAACAAAAUGUAUGGUUGCAAGGAGAUCCUGAGUUAUAGUAAGAAAACUGACCAUGAAAAUGCAUGCAUCUAUGUGCCUUGUUCUUGUCCUUCCCAUGGCUGUGACUUUAUAGGUACCUCAACAAACGUAUAUGCACAUUUUAGCGACAAACAUGCUUCUUCGGCAGAGCACAUUUUUUUCAAUGCUGUCCAUCCAAUUCAUAUUGAAAAAGAUCAAAGUUACAAAAUUCUUCAAAUGAGGACAGAAGGUAUACUUUUUAUCAUCAACCAUGCUAGCGACCGUGUUGGAAGUGCUUUCAACAUUAUCUGUGUUGGACCAAGUAGGCAGAAGAGAAGGUUCUCGUACAAGCUUGUAGUAACAGACGGGGAAAGCUCCUUUAAACUAGAAUCUGUUGCAGAGUGCAUCCCAAACUGGUCAGAAAAUAGUCCUUUGAAAAAAUUCCUCGUGGUCCCAAGAGACGUCGUUAAUUCCAGUGCUCCGCUGAAGUUGAAUGUUUUCAUAGAAGAGAAGGAAUACGUCUGCAAUGGUUGCAGAUGGAAAACAGAGUUCCUGAAUGUUACUGCACCAAUUGGUACUUUUAGAACCUACUGUAAUCCUACAACUGGGUCUGGAGAGGAUAAUAUGUGCGCAACCUUACACCUAUCUUUAUGGGUAGAGAGGUUGUUUCGAUCGACAAUCGGCAAUCCUCCUUUAUCCGGGCUUGGGACGGGAAAUUUGAGCCAGCUCACACAGGUGCCUAGUGAAGGAGAAUUUGCAACGGGGAAGAGGAUGGAUCAAGGUAUUAGUGAACCUGAAGGGAGUAGAAAAAAGAAGAAAAAGCAAGUAGCCACUCCUCAUCCUACUUGCUCUUGGGUGCACUUGAGCUGUGGCUUUAUUAAAAAGCAUAGUGCUACAACACAUCCUGAAUCUUUAGGCCUGAAAGCUGAAGAAGAAGAUCAUGAUGAAGAAGAAGAAGAAGAAGAUGAUAAUGAUGAAGAAGAAGAAGAUGAUAAUGAUGCAGGACCCAGUAACCCCACAAGCAGACCUGUACCCAAGAGACGGAGGACUACCGCCGGAACUUUCUCUUGUAGCGUCGUUAUCCGUCAACAAGAAGAAGAAGAAGAAAGAGAAAGGGAAAGGGAAAGGGAAAGGGAAAGGAUUGUUGAGGAAGAAGUAGAGGAGGAGGCAGAGGAGGAGGAGGAUUGGGGAUUGGAAUCGGAAUCUGAGGGAAAUUUCCGAUUGAGCGGUGAUCGGAGGGUGCCAGUUCAUGAAUCCGAGGUUUCAAGAGAGAACAGGUCUAUUUCUGGAGAGGACCCAGAUCAGAAUUUGGAGGGUUCAAGAGUAAACGGGUCAAUUUCUGUGACGUUAUUGGAUCCGGAUGUGUUGGAUUGCCCAAUCUGCUUUGAACAUCUCUGUGUUCCUGUCUUUCAGUGUGAGAAUGGGCAUAUAGCAUGUGCCUCUUGCUGCAUCAAGAUUGCUAAUAAGUGUCCAUCAUGCUGUUUGCCAAUUGGAUAUAACCGUUGUCGAGCAAUGGAGAAUGUUCUAGAAUCUCUGAAAGUUUCAUGCGUGAACAAUAGGUAUGGUUGCAAGGAGAUUCUGAGUUAUAGUAAGAACACUGAGCAUGAAAAUGCAUGCAUCUAUGUGCCUUGUUUGUGUCCUUCCCAUGGCUGUGACUUUAUAGGUACUUCAGCAAAGGUAUAUGCGCAUUUUAGCGACAAACAUGCUUCUUCAGCAGAGCACAUUUUUUUCAAUGCUGUCCAUCCAAUUUAUAUAGAAAAAGAUCAAAGGUACAAAAUUCUUCAAAUGAGGACAGAAGGUAUACUUUUUAUCAUCAACCAUGCUAGUGACCGUGGUGGAAGUGCUAUCAACAUUAUCUGUGUUGGACCAGCUAGGCAGAAGAGAAGGUUCUCGUACAAGCUUGUAGUAACAGACGGGGAAAGCUCCUUUAAACUAGAAUCUGUUGCAGAGUGCAUCCCAAACUGGUCAGAAAAUAGUCCUUUGAAAAAAUUCCUCGUGGUCCCAAGAGAUGUCGUUAAUUCCAGUGCUCCGCUGAAGUUGAAUGUUUUCAUAGAAGAGAAGGAAUGAGUCUGCAAUGGUUGCACAUGUUGAUGUACCAUAUCUUCAUGAUGUAAUCUUGGCCUGUUCAUGUAACAUUGCCUUGGUAACUUCUUUAGAAAUUUUAUGCCAAUAGACAAUAGUCAUUGGAUUUCUGCUUGCUAUAUUUGGGGAUUUGAAUUUGUGCUGUUGAAUUUACUUUGUUCCUUAUUUUGAAAGGAUUUUUCAUAUUA